GCGCGCUGAGCCCGGCAGCGCCCAGCAAAGAGCCGUACCUGCCUGCCGCUCCUCCGCACCUGGCUCCCGCCUCCGCACAGGUGAGCGAGCCCUGACUUUCUGAAACCAGAGUUUGUGACCGACCAGGGGAGCAAAUUCUCCGGAACAAGUCCAUCCCUACAUCUAAGGUCGCAGAGUCGUCCUCACACUGUUGGUCUGACUCUGCCUUCUCAGGAUCCUGCUAUCUCCUGCCUGAUCCGACAGACCCUGCCUUCCUCGUCUCCUCCCUCCCCAGGGCAUCCUCAGGUGAUCUCAGAAAGGGGAAAAAGAUGACCAUGAUGGCUCAGCAGUGCUCUUGGAUCUUCAUCAAUGAGAGGACAUUCAUCACUGGGUAGCCCUGGACCACUGUUUGCUGACUCCCUGGAUCAUUUGGAGACUGAGUUCUGUGGAGGAAGAUUUAGUGAGGUUCAGUUCAGGGAACAACUUAAUUCAUUAUUGAAGACCUAUAACAUUUUUUAUGGAGACCAGAAAAAUCUGCACAUUUCAUAUGGACAGACUGGAGAUGGUAAACUAAUUGUUGAAGGAAUGUUGGACAUUUUCUGGGGAGUAAAACGGCCAAUACAGCUGAAAAUACAAGAUGAAAAGCAAAUCCCUUCUUUUACUGUGUUGAAGUCACCAAAUGUCUUUUCCAAAAGGGGAAUGACACGCUGGGGGGAAUUUGAUGAUCUUUAUAAUAUUAGUGACCUGGACAGGACCCAGAUUCCAGUGUCUAAUGCAAUAGAUUCCAAAGAAGGUUACUUAUCUUACCACGGUAGCACGCUGGAGCCCCAUGCAGAUGAAGACCCAGAAUCUCCGUUGCUCUAUAGAACCAUGAGUGAAGCAACCCUGGUGAGAAAAAGGAUGAAGCCUCCAAUGAUGGACAGAAGAGACAGACAGAACCAUAGGGUCUCUAUAAACGGACACUUUUAUAACCAUGAAACAUCAAUUUUUACUCCGGCCUUUGGAUCAGAAACUAAGGUCAGAAUAAACAGUAACAUGAGAACUGAAGAAGUAAUAAAGCAACUUCUCCAAAAAUUUAAGAUUGAAAAUAGUGCCCAGGAUUUUGCACUUUACAUUGUUUUCUCAACGGGAGAGCAGAGACGACUAAAGAAGACCGAUGUUCCGCUACUGCAUAGGCUCCUACAGGGACCUUCCAAACAGAACGCUCGCAUUUUCCUCAUGGAUAAAGAUGCAGAAGAAAUUAGCAGUAAUGUGGCUCAGUACAUUAACUUUCAUUUUUCUCUCCUGGAAUCCAUCCUUCAAAGAUUAAAUGAAGAAGAGAAAAGAGAAAUUCAAAGAACAAUAACAAAAUUCAAUACAGAAAAGACGGUUAUACUGAAAUGUCUUCAGAGUAAAAGGGUAAUAAAAACAGAGACAACAGUUUAGCAGUACAGGCCGCUAUUCCUAGAACAUUUCCACAAAAAUACGAGGAUGGCACUUUUUGAUGAGUGCAUCAAUUCUAUCCUUCAAUCAUGCAAAUAUACAUGAACUUGAAUCUAUAGAAAACUGAAUUUCGAAAAGCUUGUCUCUGAAGUGAUGAGGUUGACUAGGGUUCACAGUUGGACUGAAAGGAACUUGAAUUUAGUUUCAGUAACUGAAAUAAGCUUGGAUACUGUGUAUUCUGAUUUUUUAAAAAUAGUAAAACACUCAAUGAACUCAAAUUUAAAUAGCACUUUCAGAUAUCAUGCAGCUUAAACUUCUUUUAGCUUGAACUUGUCGAGAGGACUGAAAUACCAUCAACUGACUUUCAGAAAGGAUUUAGAAGUUAAAGCUGGUAACUCUUGAAAUAAAAAGGCAUCACACUCACACUCCACCAAGGAAUGUGACAAUGGCCAUUUUUCACAGCUUCUUGGUAAUGCUAACAUUUUCAUAAAAUCUAGGGCUAUCUUUAAACAGGUACCUAACUUUCAGCUAUCUGUAACAUCGCAGCUAUCCUUUGAAAGGAAAAGAUUACGGGCUCUGUUAAGAAACCUAGAUUGAGAUUUUUUCAACCUGAGUUCCCCCCCAUUUUUUUUUUUUAUCUAUUCCACUCAUGACUUUCAAAAUAUUCUUAAGCUUUUUUUCUUAAGGCAAUUGAACUGGUUUUCCUUAUUUUUUCAAACAAAUACGCUACAGAAAUUUUAUAUAUUUCAUCAGCUUUAGGACAAUAAGUGGCCUGCAAUAUACAUUUGUUGCUGAAUGAGUACAAAGGGUAACACAAAACUAUUGUGGCUGAAGCUAGGCAGGGGAGCUGGAGCUCAGCUCUUUUUCUCCAAAUUCUACAAGGCAGCUCUCAGGUACUUAACAAGUCUGCUAAGCUAAUUUGAAACAAAACAAAACACUGAGAAUACCAUUAGUAUCAUCUGUGAUUUUAUUUAUGAACUCCAUAUUAAAAUGGAGUUUUACACUGCAUUCUCCCAUUCUUUAAACUACUUCCAUUUGCACUCCUCAUAAGCAUUAAAUCAUUUGAUUACAUUACGUCUACUAAGGGAUAAGGUGAUAUGUAAUAAAACCAGUUGGAAGAUCAAUGAUUAAAAUUAAAAUACAAAACAGUUUUAAGACAAAGGUUUUACUUCUCAGUGUCACCAAAACCUAAAUUGGAUGAAACUGAAAGUGUUCUAUGACCUUUUCAGUCCUGGGAAAUCUCUCUUAACGGAGUAAAAACAGAGGCUUGCAUCUUAAUCCUUUUACCUAUCAGUGAGGAAAGAGCCUCAUCUUGCUAAAAUAAGGCAAAUGUAAUAGUGAAAAUUCAGUAUACUUAUAAAAAAUUUAUAGUGUCGAGUACUCGCCAUAAACAUGACAGAAGAUUAAUCACUAAUAUAUUGAAAGUCUACAAAAUAUGUAAGAAAAAUACCAUGGCAUGGAUAGGAAAAAAACAGAGGCAGGCAGGCAGAUAGCAUGAAAAGUAAAAUCACAGAAAAAAUGCAAAUGGCUACAUAUGUGUGAAAAAAGUUAUAUCUUAAUGAUAACUGUACUAGUCUGCGUCCAUUCAGGAGACAGAAACCAUAGAGUAAUGUAAACAAGGGAAGUUUAAUGUAAAGAAUGAUUAAGCUGUGAUGGUAGAGCAACUCUGAAGAGGGAAGAGAACUCUGAAGGGUACCCUGAGGCUGAGAAGAAAGUUUCAGAAAGGAGAAGCUUGGAGUGAGGCCUUCAGAAUUCACUGGAGAGAGGGAGGUUGCAGCCCACUGGAAAGAGGAGAACUUUGCUGGUGGCUUGGCCAAGCAGGGCCACAGUUACAGGACAAACAGGUACAAUCUCUGCGGUGUGGACCAGCUGGGUCAGGUGGGCAAGUGUGCAGCGGGCCUUAGGGCUUCUCUGCGGGUAGUGUCUGUGUCUGCAGGUCUGCAGGGAGCGAAGUUUGGGAGCACAGGUAAGCUGAGGCUGAGGAGGGCACAGGCAGAAUCAGGCAUGCUGCUGUGGGGGAGGCUAGGAUCGGGAGCAGGCCCCUACUGUAACACCCGACCCUGUGUGUGACUUGGGCUGUGUGCAGCAUUUUUGAGGCUGUGUGGGACAAAGGUUGUGCCUCACUCAAUGGCCAGCCCCACCGGCUCCUCCCUCUGUGAGCAUGCGCGGAAUUGAGCUGGUGUGAAGAUGCACAGGCCUGCACUGGGCUCCAGGCUAUGCCACCACAGACCAGAUAAGAAGUUGGAGAAGGGCUGGAGGAACAAAUGCCAGAGAAAUCUGCGCCCUAUAGACAACUAGCACUGGACAAAUCACUCUGGGCAGAGAGCAGGGGAGGGAAAAAGCUUCCCAGCCAGUCAGGCCGUAGAAUCAAGACCAACAUCCUGCUACGGUUCUUCAGCGCCCCCUACUGACAGAUCGUGACAUCAUGCAAGUUACAAAAGAAGGAAAUGUAAGAGGUUUAUUAUCCAUUUUCACCCAGACAAUAAUUAAGAAAGACUUCGGAAUGGAGAGCCAAUAAAAUAACUGGCACGUCAAAAAAAACACAGAGUAAAGAAAAGUGAAAUAUACUUUUUGGUCUAUUACAUACCAAAUAUUAAGAAAAGAUAAUAUUAAAUACUCAACAAAUUACAGUGAAAGGGUACUCAAACUGGUAGCAAUACAAAUGAUAGAACUUUUCCUGAAAGCAAUUUAGUAGUAAAUUCAUCCUGUAAUACUACUUAUAGGAUCUUAUAUUUAAUAAUAAGAUGUUCAAAGACAUUAUGUAUAGAUACUUUAUUGCUGUUUAUUGUGAUAAAAGCCAAUAACUAGCCUAACUGUUCAAAAAUAGAAAAAAAAAAGAUUAAAGAAGGGAAGAAACAUUUGCCCAUAGAAUAUUAUGAAGCUAUGAGAAUUAUGUUUCCAAAUAAAUUUUAAUUAUAAGAGUAAGUGCUCCUUAUGUAUCUAAAUAAAAAUAUACAUACAAAUAUUCCAAAAUACUUGUUAUCCAUAAAAUAUGUAUUUAUAUAUAUUUGUAUGUACACACUCACAAACCAAAAACAUGUUAAAUCCAAUUGUAGAAUUAUGGGUGAUUCACAUUUCUCUAUGCUUAUUAAAUGUUCUAUAAUGAACAUGUGUUACUUUUUAAAUCAGGAAAUAGAAAAGUUAUGAUUAAAGUUACCAACAAAAAGCAGCAAGUACAUGCAAACACAGUUAUAUUAGAUGCAGAAAAGCUCAAAUAAAUUAUUUAAAUGAGAUGUUAAUAUCACUUCUGUGACAGUUUUAAAAUAUAUCCAUGAAGUUUUUGAUAUUCCUACUUUUGAGAGGUGGAGACUAAUCCUCCUCACCUUGCAAAUGGACUAGACUUAGUGACAGUUCUAAUGAAUAGAGGAAAGUGAAAGUGACAGCAUGGACUUCAAAGACGAGGUCACAAAAGUCACCGUGGCACCUCCUUGCUUGUUCUCUUGGAUAACUAGCUCUAGGGGAAACCAACUGCCAUGUCAUAAGCCCUGGGGAAAGGACUACAUAAUGGAAACAGAGACCUUCUGUCAAAGCCAACAGGGAAUUGAGGCCUCCCACCGUGGCUGUGUGAGUGGGCCUGUGCCACCCCCAGUCAAGCCCUCAGAUGACUGCAGCCCUCUCUAAUAGCUAGACUACAGCCUCACGAAAGACCUUAAGCCAGAAAACCGAGCUAAACCGCUCCUGGAUUCCUGAUCCUUGGAAACUGUGAAAUAAGAAAUGUUUGUUGUAGUAUGCUGCUAAAUUUUAGGACAGUGUGUUAUUUAGCAAUAGGUAACUAAUGCAAGUUCUGAGACACAAAUCUCUUCACUUCAGAAUCAUGUUUGCAUGAUACAAGAAUAUAUACUUUUUCACAAAACCAUUUAUUCUUGUUUUAUGUGGUCCAAAUAUUUCAUUAGCAGUUAUAUUCAUUUCCAGAUAAUGGUAGGCUUAUUAUUAGUAGCAGAAAACCUGUUACAUUCACCUUUGUAUACUUUGCUGUACUUAAUGCUGAUUCUUGUGUACAGGAAAUAUUUGAUAUAAACCAACUGAAUAAAGGACUGAGUGAAUUAGUGAAUUAAUAGAAGAAUGAGUGAAUGAAUUAUCUGAAAUAUUUUUAUAAAAUCUUGUAUAUUUGCCUCUUUUUUCACAAAUCUGACCCAGUGCCUGAAGAAAUAUAAAAUGUUUUCUAUAUGGUUUUCCCUAA